GCCUUCCCCGCGCGGGUGGGGCCGAGUGGCCUUUCGCGGGUGUGGCGCCUGAAGCCACUAGCGUAUGAGUGCCGGUAUCGUGGCCACCUCGAGGCCCACAAGGCAGGGCGCCCGGGGCGCGGCAGAGGGGCAGUGCGGCUCCCUCCCGGCAGGACGCGGGAGGAAGUCACAUCCGGUAGAGGCGGGGCUCGUGGCUCCCGGAAGUGCGGGCGGCGGCUGAGUGCCCGCGGUGGUGGCGGCUCCGGAAAAGAUGGAGGGGCUGAAAGACAAGACCCUGCAGGAGCUGGAGGAGAUGCAGAAUGACCCAGAAGCCAUUGCCCGGCUGGCCUUGGAAUCUCCUGAGGUUCAGGACCUGCAGUUAGAACGAGAGAUGGCACUGGCCACCAACCGGAGCCUGGCAGAGCAGAACCUGGAGUUCCAAGGUCCCCUGGAAAUCAGCCGCUCUAACCUCUCAGACAAAUACCAGGAGCUGCGGAAGCUUGUGGAACGGUGCCAGGAGCAGAAAGCCAAGCUGGAGAAAUUUUCCUCAGCACUGCAGCCUGGGAGUUUAUUGGACCUUCUGCAGAUCGAAGGCAUGAAGAUCGAGGAGGAGUCUGAGGCCAUGGCUGAGAAAUUCCUGGAAGGUGAGGUGCCCUUGGAAACGUUCUUAGAGUCCUUUUCUUCCAUGAGGACACUGCUGCACCUGCGCCGAGUCCGCGUAGAGAAGCUCCAGGACGUGGUGAGGCGGCCUCGAGCUUUGCCGGAGCUUGCUGGAGAUGCACCUCCAAAGCGCCCACCACCCCCACGCCCAGUGCCCCAGGCAACACCCCCCGAGACUGAAGAACAGACUCCACAGCCCUCUGUAGUGACUCCCUACCCUCUGCCCUACAGCCCAUCCCCAGGCUUGCCUGUGGGCCCUACAGCCCAGGGAGCCCUGCAGCCAGCCCCCUUCCCUGUGGUGGCCCAGCCUUCCUCCUAUGGUGGGCCUCUGGGUCCUCCUUACCCAUCACCUCAGCCAGGACCUAGGGCCAUGGUGGGUUACUCCUGGGCUCCACAGAGGAGUAGUCUGCCCCAGCCCAGCUAUCCUAUGGUUCCAACUAGCACCUCUGGUCCAGGAUACCCCUUAGUGGGGGGCCGAACUCCUGGUCCUGGUUAUCCUCAACAGUCCCCCUACCUCCCAUCAGGAAACAAACCUCCCUACCCAACACAACCUCAGCUCCCGGGCUUCCCAGGACAGCCCCAGCCUCCAGUGCCCCCUCAACCUCCAUACCCUCCUGGGACAACCCCUCCCUAUGGCUUUCACCCUUCAGGACCUGCCUGGCCUAGGUAUUAGUCCUGGUCCGUGUCCACCUUCUUCCUUCUACCUGCACCACAGCCUUUGGCCUCCAUUUGCUGAGAUUUGAGGUUAACACUGGACAUGGAGGUGAUGCGCCCUGAAACGUUGGGACACACAGAAGCCUCGAGCCUCUAGUUGGAAGCACAUAGGCCUCUUGAAAGGCCCUGAACGGUGCAGCAUGAGUCCUUCUGGGAGCUCCUUCUAUCAGGGAUCAGCUCAGCACAUCCUGAGUGGCCUGGUGUGAGCCCAGGGCUCUCUGGUGUCUGCAUGAAUGGGUGUGUUCAUGUCUUUGCACAGCCACCUGCGCUUGAUCCCUGACAGCUGAACCAAUGUAGAAAGAUCUUGAUGGCAGGGGUGACCCUGGGUCUCAGACCCUGCUCAUCCAGGCUGUCCCUUGGAACUUGGUCUAUUUGAUAUGAAACCAUAUGCCAAGUAAUGACAGCUCUGUCUGUCCAUUAAAGGAAGGUCUAUCUUAUUUACCAUGGUCGGGUCGUAGGAAGCAAGAGUUAGGAAAAAUAGGGACUUGGAGUCCUGAAAGCCAUAUUUUAGCUGCCAUGUCAAUGUCAGGCAAGUGCUGGCAGGGGCCACAGCAGCAGUGGUAUGGUGAGAGCUGGGGAUGCCAAGGGAAACUCAGGCCUCAAACUGAAUGGUUGGAUGUCCCAGGGUCACCCUGGAGGCCCUGGCUGGGGUGGAGGACCAGGGUUACCUCCCAGCCACUUUCACUCCUGGGGCCCUCCACUUCUGGCUGGCUUUUUCUGAGGUUUGCCCACCCCUCCACUCCUUUAGUGCCUUGAAUCUUAUUUGCUAGCAGCCCCUUUAUCUUGUGUAUCUCCUUCCUUUUUCCAAUGUCCCUGCAGAACAGACACCAGACCUACCCUUACAGAACAUCCCCAUGGUGCUUCCCAGACACCGUCACUACACUGGGCUUGGUUUCUCUACACUCUCAUUUUCAGAGUGUAAAGGGUAGGGACUGUGAGUGCAGCCUCAGCACUGGAUGGGGCCGAAGCCUGCGUAGUAGUAAACGUGACCACACUAUUCUAAAGGGGUUGCAGCAGAUGGUGCAUCUGCGUGGCUGGUCCAGACGUGAACCAGGUCUCAGGGUGGACCCUGGAGCUGCUACGGGUUAGGAAAUUGUCUGUGCCUUGAAACAUCCCCUGCCUGGGUACCCAGCCGCUGGUGGGCCAAGGUGCUGGGGGUCAAGGAGGAACCCCAUCUUCUGGUGCCACUCCGCCCACAGGCCACAGUGCAUUACCACCUCUGCUUGCAUCUCCUGAGUUAUUUAUAACAUGGAAUCACUAAUGGAGUCUGUGGUAGACUGCUGCUGAACUCGGUGAUGAGCACCCGUUUGUGCAAUUGCCAUAAUAAAUGUUGAUGAGUUCCUUGG